CUUUUGCUAAAUGUCAAGAUUGCGCCAUAUUGAAUUCUUUCCUUCUCUUUUUCCGGUUGCAUAUACAAGUGAAGAUGCCAGGAAUCACCGUUAAGGACGUCGAUCAGGAUAAAGUUGUCCAGGGCGUUGCCCUCUUCUUGAAAAAGUCCGGCAAACUAAAGGUGCCAGAUUAUAUUGAUCUGAUCAAAACAGCAAAGUACAAGGAGUUAGCCCCAACCGAUCCGGACUGGUUCUACGUACGGUGUGCUUCUAUUUUGCGACGUCUGUACCACCAGAGCCCUUCGGGUGUUGGUUCGAUUACCCGCAUCUAUGGAGGUCGCCAGCGUAACGGUGUUCGUCCGUCGCACUUCUGCCGUGCUGACGGUAGUGCCACGCGAAAGGCUGUUCAGUCUCUUGAACAGAUCAAAUUGAUCGAAAAACACCCCGAGGGAGGUCGUAAGCUUACCAGCCAGGGCCAGCGGGAUUUAGAUCGUAUUGCUGCCCAGAUCAUUAGCAAGCAACGGGCAGCUCUGAAGAAGGAAGCCGCCACAAUUGUGCUGGCAUAAGGAUUGCUUGUUUGAACUUUCGAGCGGAUGAGAAUAUAAGUUAAUGGUGUAAACUGCA